UCCCUUUAAAACAAACCUAAUGGAGAGAGAAGGAAGAGCCUAAACAAAGAGGGGAGAGAGAGAGAGAGGAAGAGAGAAAUUGUUUCCUUUUUAAAAAAAUUGGAUUUUGGUGUGGUAAAGAUGACUAAUAUUUCAUUGGAAGAUGUAAGAAACGAGAAUAUUGACCUGGAGAGGAUUCCAAUUGAAGAGGUAUUUGAGCAACUGAAAUGCAAUAGAAAUGGUUUGUCAUCUGAUGAAGGAGAAAAAAGACUUCAAAUCUUUGGCCCUAACAAACUUGAAGAGAAAAAAGAGAGCAAAUUCCUCAAGUUUUUAGGGUUCAUGUGGAAUCCCCUUUCAUGGGUCAUGGAGUGUGCUGCUAUCAUGGCUAUUGUCUUGGCCAAUGGAGGGGGAAAGCCUCCGGACUGGCAAGAUUUUGUUGGAAUUGUGGUGUUACUCAUUAUCAACUCCACCAUUAGUUUUAUUGAAGAGAACAAUGCAGGAAAUGCAGCUGCUGCUCUAAUGGCAGGACUUGCUCCCAAAACCAAGGUUUUGAGAGAUGAAAAAUGGAGUGAGGAAGAGGCAGCUAUUUUAGUACCAGGUGAUUUAAUCAGUAUUAAGUUGGGAGAUAUUGUCCCUGCUGAUGCAAGACUCUUGGAAGGAGAUCCUCUUAAGAUCGAUCAAUCUGCUCUCACUGGCGAAUCCUUGCCGGUUACUAAGAACCCGGGUGAUGAGGUUUUCUCGGGCUCGACUUGUAAACAAGGAGAAAUUGAGGCUAUUGUUAUUGCCACUGGUGUCCAUACCUUUUUUGGCAAGGCAGCUCAUCUUGUUGAUAGCACCAACCAAGUUGGUCAUUUCCAAAAGGUGUUGACAGCCAUUGGUAACUUCUGCAUUUGCUCCAUUGCUAUUGGGAUGCUCAUUGAGAUCUUAGUGAUGUACCCAAUCCAAAAUAGAGCAUACAGAGAGGGAAUUGAUAACUUGCUGGUUCUUCUCAUUGGUGGCAUUCCAAUCGCCAUGCCGACGGUAUUGUCAGUGACCAUGGCUAUUGGUUCUCACCGUCUAGCGGAGCAAGGUGCUAUUACCAAAAGAAUGACAGCCAUUGAAGAAAUGGCAGGAAUGGAUGUACUUUGCAGUGACAAAACUGGAACUCUCACCCUCAACAAGCUGACGGUGGACAAAACUCUGGUUGAAGUAUUUUCAAAGAAUACUGAUGCAGACACAUUACUUCUAUUGGCCGCAAGAGCUUCAAGAGUGGAGAACCAGGAUGCAAUUGAUGCUUCGAUCGUCGGGAUGUUGGGUGAUCCUAAAGAGGCAAGAUCAGGGAUCACUGAGGUACAUUUCUUGCCUUUCAAUCCUGUUGAGAAGCGCACUGCUAUCACCUACAUUGAUAGUAAUGGAAACUGGCAUAGAAGCAGCAAGGGUGCUCCCGAACAGAUCAUCGACCUUUGUGACCUCAAAGGGGAAAGAAGGAAGAAAGCUCAUAAUAUUAUCAGCAAUUAUGCUGACCGUGGUCUUCGUUCUCUAGCUGUCGCACGCCAGACUGUUCUAGAGAAGACUAAGGAGAGUACUGGAGAACCAUGGGACUUUGUGGGCUUGUUGCCCCUCUUUGAUCCUCCAAGGCAUGAUAGUGCAGAGACUAUUCGUCGGGCACUCGAACUCGGGGUAAAUGUUAAGAUGAUCACUGGAGAUCAAUUGGCCAUUGGAAAAGAAACCGGUCGCAGGCUCGGUAUGGGCACCAAUAUGUAUCCAUCAUCUUCCUUACUUGGUCAAAGCAAGGAUGAAGCAAUUGCUAGCAUUCCUGUUGAAGAACUUAUUGAGAAGGCGGAUGGUUUCGCUGGUGUCUUCCCAGAACAUAAGUAUGAGAUUGUGAAAAAGCUCCAAGAGAGGAAGCACAUUUGUGGGAUGACUGGUGAUGGCGUCAACGAUGCCCCUGCACUCAAGAAAGCUGAUAUUGGAAUUGCUGUAGCUGAUGCAACAGAUGCAGCAAGGGGUGCAUCAGAUAUUGUUUUAACGGAACCAGGUCUAAGCGUGAUCGUGAGUGCAGUUCUAACAAGUAGAGCCAUUUUUCAAAGGAUGAAAAACUACACAAUCUAUGCAGUUUCCAUCACGAUUCGAAUCGUGUUGGGUUUCUUGCUUGUAGCUCUAAUAUGGAAGUUUGAUUUCUCACCCUUCAUGGUCUUGAUUAUUGCCAUCUUGAAUGAUGGAACCAUCAUGACCAUCUCCAAGGAUAGGGUGAAGCCAUCACCUAUGCCUGAUUCAUGGAAGCUAAACGAAAUUUUUGCCACCGGUGUUGUUCUCGGAACAUACAUGGCUGUCAUGACUGUGGUCUUCUUUUGGCUAGCAUAUCAGACUGAUUUUUUUCCAAAAACAUUUGGGGUGAAGCACAUCAGUGAAAAUCUAGCUGAGCUUAACUCUGCUCUUUACCUCCAAGUCAGCAUCAUUAGCCAAGCCCUCAUCUUCGUGACGCGAUCGAGGAGUUGGUCCUUUGUAGAACGCCCCGGUCUUUUGCUAGUUGGAGCCUUCCUAAUAGCUCAGCUUUUGGCAACUAUCAUCGCUGUGUAUGCCGAAUGGGACUUUGCUAGGAUUCAUGGCGUUGGUUGGGGAUGGGCAGGAGUGAUCUGGAUUUACAGCAUCAUCACAUACUUCCCUCUUGAUAUACUCAAGUUCAUUAUCCGCUACGCAUUGAGUGGGAAGGCCUGGGAUAAUAUGCUUCAAAACAAGACUGCAUUCACAACUAAGAAGGAUUAUGGAAAAGGAGAAAGGGAGGCACAAUGGGCAUUAGCACAACGUACACUACACGGCUUACAGAAACCGGAAGCGCUAUUUAGCGACACAAGUAGCUACCGAGAGCUUUCCGAGAUAGCAGAACAAGCAAAGAGAAGAGCUGAAGUUGCCAGGAUGAGUCAGAAUGUAUGAUUAAGAAAAACAGAGAUUUUGGAGGCUCAGAGAAGUUUAGUUUGAAUAGACUAUCUAUCUCAGGAGACUAUCAAGAAAGAUGGAUAUAAUUGAUUCUUUUGGAACACCAUUCCUUUUUUCUUUUUUCCUCUCUCCCUCUCUCUCUCUCUCUCUCCUAUAGAUCAUAAAGAUGGAUGCAAAAGAAAAAGAUUUGUUGCAUCCUUUCUUUUUUCUUUUCUGUUUUUUUGUUUAAACAAAGUUGCAACAAAUAUUAAAAAAAAAAAAACAGAAAAGAAAAGAAAAGAAAGGCAAAAAUAACAGAAUAAGGAAUAUAUGUAAUUCUAGGAAUGUUUAGGGAGUUCAAACAUUCAUUUAUGUAAUAGUGGAUUGUUUGUGAAGUGAUUAAAAUUUCAAUGAAUUUUGAAAGAGAUUUCAGUACUA